UUUCUUCUUCUCAAUUAUGGACGGCUCCAAGUUACAUCAAACGCGCUACUUUCUGCACACCGAGGAGUCAUGUUCGUACUUAAGGUUUCUGCAUUCGAUCAGAAUUCAAUCUGUCGGCAGUCAUUUGGAUUAGGAUGCUAAAAGAUGUAAACAAAUUAAACAGUUCUGCUUGCAACUUGAAUUAAAUAAGGAUCAAGAUUAACGUAGCUCGCAGUUGCUGUGUGCAAUUAGAUAUAAGGAACGGCUAAAUUAUGAAUCGGACACAACGGGUUGCAUCUGUUGGGAAUAAAAGAACGCAACUCGACCAGUGUCUUUCACUGGAGAGCAACCUAUGAAUAGCGACCCACGUUCCGUCCAGAUAUUUAUACGUCCAUGGUUGGCCGUUUCGUAUCACAAUGCGCAGCAGCUGAUAUGUAAAAAUGGCCGCUGGCACCGAUGUAAACGAUACAAAGCGAGGAUAAGACGAAGCAUUUGUCGCGCGAUUAAUAUGAAGCGUGAUCAUAGAUAAGAAACCAUCCGGCCAACACGCUCGUUGACGGUUUGUUACCGCCGUUACAUCUGCCCUACGAAAGAAUCGGCGAGAUGAACGUAGCAAGAACCGCCCAACGGAUAACAGCGGAUGAUUACUUUUUCUUCGAUGAUACUCGUCGUACUGAGAAACUGUGGAUCUCUCAGGUACCAUAGACAUAUAUGUCAUUGAAGUUAAACAUUUCCAGAUCAACAUUUACUCAAAGCAGCUGUUAGCAAUAUAAUGGCUUACGAUCCACGCAACAUAAAGUAUUCACCAAAUACUCACGCCAAUCAGCACACUAGAUCUAACAUGACUGGAUACGCAUAUUCUGGCCAUCCACCGCAGCAUUUUCAGCAAACUGAUGAAAAUAGAAAUGAGAAUAACUUAUGUGGUACUAAAGAGAUUUGUUCACAAAUCUCACAACAAUCGUCCAGCACUCAGACUGUACAGAAAGUAGAUGCUGCGACCAUGACAGAUCCCUUACAAAUCGACUUUAGACUUACCUCUGAAUAUUUGGCACGUUGUUCUAGUACAUUAGGUCUGCCGUAUGUAACUAAAUAUGAAGAUAACAGCAAUAAUUCUACACACAAUUGCCAGGAGAUAAGACCAAAAAUUGAAUUUGAGAUUGAACCACAACAUAUUAAUGGUAUGUUAAUUUACCAUUGCCCCGAAUGUGCAUAUAGAUUUGAAGAUCGUGAAGCACUCCAUGAACAUCUCGAAGAUCAUAAACAGAGACCACAUAUCUGUGAUAUUUGCGGGGCAAGUUUGAAACGAAAAGAACAUUUAGAUCGUCAUAAACAGGGCCAUAAUAAGGACAGGCCUUAUCAAUGUAACAUGUGUUGUAAAUCAUUCAAACGUAACGAACACUUAGCGCGUCACAUGAUUACUCACUCGGGUAGCAAAAAUCAAAUUUGUACAGAGUGUGGUAAAGCCUUUUACAGGAAAGAUCACUUGAAGAAGCAUUUGCAAAGUCAUAAUAGCGGUCGGAAUAAGCAUUUAAAUAUCUCGCAAAACAAUCAGAACGAUCAGCAGCCGAAUGACGAGGGACUGAGCAGUUUUGCGAUGAUGAUGAGACAAGCUGGACCUCCUCCGUUUUCUAUUUUGCGAACUUAGUUAUUAUGCUAUAACAAUGCUGUAAUAUAAAUCUUUAAUCUCUGUCUACGAGCGAGACUAUUUGGACAAGCUAGGUUCAUAAGAUUUAAUACGAAUGAGCUUUACCUAAUAUACCUUUGCGGAAUAAUCGAGAAUCGUUAUUAAUAAUGUAAGAGCCCAUGUUCCUAAGGAAGUUUAUCGUUACGUAUUUUGUCAACGAGUAGGCGAGCCAAGGGAUAAUGUUAUCGAUUUUUGUAAUAUUCCUUAUAACACAUUAUACAUGUAGAAGGUUGUUUAUACAUUAAGACAAUACCUACUUAAGUUUUCUUUUUUAAACUUGAAUGAGUUUGUGUUAAGGCUCUUGUAUACUCGUUGCAAUUAUUCUUGUUUGAUCACGUCAGAAGUGAGGAAAUGCAUGCCGGAAUUUCUUGCGGUAUACGUUCAAAUAAAACUAUAUACUCGCAAAAUAAUAUAUCUAUAUAUAUCUUUUUAUUUCAACAUAUACCGCAAGAAUUCUUGGUAUGCAUUUCCUCACUUCUGACGUCAUCAAAUCAUCAUCAGACCUCAUCAAACAUGGACAGUUGCAGCAAGUAUACAUGAGUCUUAAAUGUAUAAGUUCUACAUAAUUUUCAUUAUUUAUAUAUUCUCAUGCGCAUAGACUUGUAUAAUGAACAUACAUGCACGGCCAAAAGAGCCUCUGUAAAUCGCGCACGUCUAAUAAAAUUUGAGAAGAAAUUAACAGAACGAAAUGUAGCUCCCCAACUGGAUUAAAAAAAAAGAAACUUGAAUAUUUAAAUUAUACUACCUUAGAUUAUACAUUCAAUAUGACAUGAGCAUGUAUGGAUAUAUAUGCACGUGAUGAUCGUUAAUUGUUUACAUAGAGAUGUUGAGUAAUGACUGAUAAAAUUGUCUAUCUUAUUAAUUGUACAGUGUACAGUCAAGUAAUACACAAUUUUCGUUUUAUUUCAAAUAUACUCUAUUACCCUAGAAAGAAAAAAAGUAAAAAAGCGCUAUAAAAAUUCUUAACGACGCCAGUUUUUUCGCUCAUUUAUCUAAUUAUUUGCGUUUAAAAUAAAAUUUUAAGGCGUAAGUUCCAUCAAGCGAGAGAUUAAUUAGCGUAAUUACGACUAAUAUAUUGUAUAAAUAAAAAUCUGCAAUUUUUUUUAACGAUCAAGCGACGAAGCGCCUCUAUUGAUAUAAUGAUUCAUGGAAUAUUUUGCGUGAGAAUUAAUAAGAAUGCAUUAAAAUAGCCACUGCGAUUAUAGUAAGACUUAGGAAUUGUUAGUGCGAAGCAAGGAAACCAGUCAUCCACAUGUGAAUUCAUUGGUGCAUAUCUGUAGAUAAAAUGAUUGAUUGUUACUUGAGAGAACGGUUUAUUGCUGAAGAAUUUCAUGUAUACGAAAACCCCUGUUAAUGUAUCACAAUUCCGAAGGUAAUUCGUUGAAUUAGAAAAGAUAUACUUGCACACAGUUUUCUUUUUCCGAAAACACAAAAUGAUAUUGAUUCUUUCACUUUUAAUGUUAACAAUACACGUCCAAUGGCAGAUCAGGCCACACGUUCAUUAGCUGUAUAUAUUAAGCCCUCAUCGCACGAUGCUUGUCUUCGUGUUAACUCGCAUGCGAGCCACCAUGCCAAUUAGCAUGCUAGCUAGCACGCUAGCUACAUAACUCGAAAUCACUAUAAAUUUACUGUCAUGUGUGUUAGCACGUUGGUUUUCGAAGAUAAAAUGCGCAUCACGCGAUACUUAUUUCGUGUUAACUCGCAUGCGCUGAUAUACUAGCAUGAUGGCUCGCAUGUGAAUUAACACGAAACAAGCAUCGUGUGACGCGGGCUUUAGUAUAAAAAACUCGUGAUAUAUUGUCACCCCUUAUCAUUAUAUUGUUAAGUUGUGCUCAUUACAUAUACGCCCAACGUUGUACGCGCGCAGUAAGAUCUGAAUGCCUAGAAAGAAAAAGAUAGCGUUUUAUUAUUUAACUAUGCAGUGAUCUUGAUUAAAUUA